AACAAUCACAUGACAUAAGUGAAAUCUAUUAAGGAAACUUURCCGAAAUACCUYCACAAAAGCUUUAAAUAUUUUUGUUAUUCUACGCCUUCGCUAUGUAAAAACCGCACAAUCGGGUCAUAUCCUUAUCCUUUUGCGUCUCUGAUUGGCCAGAAUGAACGUCAGGGAAAGGGCAAAGACAUUUGAGGCGCUGAUGUCUUAUAGUACUGGCUCGCCUGAAAGUGAGAGGAAGCGAAGCCAAGAAGGGACUGAGCAUUCAGGCUCUGUUUCAAGCAAUGGACAAAAUGAAUCUGAUCAAGAAAAACACAAGCCUGUUCCUCCACCACGCAAAAAAGAAAGAAAGAAAGUUCCAACAAGACCUGAAACUUCAAAAGUACAACAAAAAAUAACUCCUGCCAAAAGCUCCCCUGAAGUUCAACGCAAACAGCCACCUGAAAGACCAAAAGUGGCACCAAAAAAGCCACCACCACCCAGACCAGCUCCCUACAAACAACUUUCUUCGCCAUCAUUGACAUCACAUAUACCACAUGCCAAAAGAAAAGARCUUUCAGCUUCAUUAUCCAGRCGAAGAGAGGCUAGCGAACCUAAGGAGUCACCAGAKCCAACGGAAGGGAYACCGAAGGCCACAYCCAGGUCUUAUUCAAAGGAACAUCCUGUUAAACCUCCCAGAGGCUCACCWAGGUCAUCACCAAAGUCAUCUCCAAGAGUGUCACGUGGGAGCCCCCAAAAGACGUCAUCGUGUGAAAUCGAACUCUCGCAAAAGUUACCCAAACGUUCUUCAGAUGAUUCCCCAGAAAAGGCACAGAAAGGAAAUCCCAAAAGACCACCACCGCCAAAGAGAACGUCAUCCUUAUCAAGAAAAUCUAAACCACCUGUUCCUCCUAAACCAAAAAGACCCCCUAGACCCGUAGAACAGGAGAAAAAGGCUGCAACAAUCCCGAGAACUGGCUCUGUCGAAUCCAAAGAAGCUGUGUYCAAAAGCUSUUCGUUAGAAGAUAAUGCUAUGGAAGACGUGGUAACAAAACAGAGAUCGCUCAGUAGCCCCAUAACAAAUGGUGGAAAUAACGAACUUGAAGAUAGARAAAAACAAUCAGAUAUAACUGAAAAUGGUGUUGUAGAGUCACAUAUUGCUGACAAAGACUCUUCAAAUGAGGGACAGAUGGCUCUAGAACAAGAUGACAAAAUGAUAUCUGAUGAUAUUGAGGAACCUAAAAGUAAUUCUGAUUCGGAUAAUGCUMAAAAAGUAUCUAAAGUUUCUGAGGAAGUUUCUCCUGAAGAUGAACCUAAUAGUAGAGAAAUUCAAAAUAAUAUUAAUGAAAAAGAAAAUAUYGAAACUAUAUCUGCCGAAGAUGAAACUCCGAGCGCAGAUUUGAUUAUUGAAAAUGUGGAAAGAACAAGUGUUGAUAACACAGAAUUUAAAAGUGUCUCAAAUUCUGAGGAUCCGCUCCCAGUGGAUAAUAUUAGUAAGGUAGAAUCUUCUCUUCAUGAACUUGUAGAGACAAGUGGAUCCAAGGAAAUCAAUGAUGYACAAACUAUUAAUAACAUAGCUCAAGAAGAUUUAGAAUUGCACACUUCUUCAGUCAGUUUUACGGAGGAUGUUCCAGAGAGUGCAAACUUACAAAGYAGUCUUGACACAGAAAUCAAAGAAACUGUAAUGGAAGUCAGCAAUGAAGGUACUGAUGAUACGUUAAGUAUAAGUGAACCGAUAGAAACAGAUAUUGAUGCCGAGAUUAUAAACAGYAGCACUCAGUCAGAUUAUGAUGAAACGUUUGAAUCUUCACACAAGGAAGUCUAUCCUUGUGAAGACGAUAGUUUMCAGAAAGAGGGGAUAUCUUCAGUGGGUCCAACAACAACUGCGGAAAAUACUUGUGAAGAGCAAGACAACUCUGAAGCKGGCAGACAAGAAUCAAAGGAAGGGACAUCUGAMCAAGUUGAAUGUGUUGCUCAAGGCGACUCGCAUGAAAAKUUAUUUCAAAAGGAAAAUGAUGACACUGAAACCCUUGCUGAAGAUGCAAGUGGCAUGGAAGGAGAGACAGUUUUGCCAAAUGAAAUAUAUAAUGAAAAUAGUAAWMACGUAGAGCAAGAUCUUGAAGAAACCAACAUCGACGUUGUAGAAUGUCUUCCUAAUGAAAGUGACCUACUUACGACUAUUCAAACAAAGAAUAAAGAAGAAGAAGAGAAAGAGGAGUGCAUAUCUGAUGUUGAAAAAUCUUUCCUUAACGAGCAGAACUUACCCGAGAAACAAGAACCUACGGAAGGAAAAACUGAAGAAGGCUCUACCAAUGUUGAUGAAAACGAUGUAAAAGAUGUCAUAGCUUUAGAUKAUGAGUCUGAUAUUGCUCCUGSUCCGCGAAGUCCACCUAGCGAUGACAAACGCUCAAGUUACAUGGAAACAUCUUUGGACGACGAAUUCUUCAAUGGCGAUGAGGUAAACGAAAGUGAAAUGACUSAAAGUGAUUUACGUCAAACACGAAAUGAACRACCUGCGGAGGAGGUUUCUGAGGAACCYUACGAAACUGAUAUUGAUUUGUAUGUGGCGAUGGAUGAAGGUUUAGAUAGMUCGGUGAGUAGUUCUCAAGACCAUCCUACUGAUGAAAUAUGUAUAAGUGAASAAACAAAAUCYAAGGGAUUGARCGAUGGUAGCACYRAAGUCCAAGAAGMAGAACCAGCAUCUUCUCCAGMAAGGAUGUCCCAAUACGAAAACGUAAUGAUAACAUCUCCAGAAAAUGAGCAAGRCAAGGACGACGAACCACCACUUUCCCCUCAACCAGUAAAACCAUCCAGACCAAGUCGUUUGAAAAAUAGGCAUACAUACGAAAACACGUCAUUGGUACARACUGAAGAGUCCGCUGAGGAAUACAAUGAAGAAGCCGAGUCGGAAAAGAAAUMUUCGCAAAGAACUGAUGUUUAUGAARAUAUGUCAAUAAUUCAACCCCAAGAUAUUUCAGUUGGAGCUGACGAGAAUGAAGCURGUAUUGAAAAUACGUCUAAUAAGCGCACAGAUGUGUACGAAAACGCCGUAGUUAUAAGACAAAGUGUAUCAAACGAAGAAAAAGCUAAAGAAGUUAUUGAAACUUCAGAAUCUGCUCCUAAGGAUGAAUGUCCURAAGAAAAUAAACAACAACCACCUCAAAAGGCAACGUAUGAAAACGUGGUGUUUAGAGGCGAAGAAACGUUUGAGGAAGAUGAUAACGUCUACCAGGUUCCAAGACGAAAUUCUUUCCACUCGGACUCUCCGACUUCUAGCUUAGUGCGUUCUGCCAGGUCCGCCUCUGUUGGAUCUAUGGAGAGGAAGAAGGGUGGUAGAAAUGCCAGAUUUCAGGCAGAGAGCACYUAUGCCACACCUCCAACUAGAAAGUCGACGCUCCCAGAAGCAGAAGAAACUUACGCUUCCCCAAAAAGYGUAAGAGCUUAUUCUACGGAGGAAACUUACGUAGCUCCGARAUCUGUGCGUACAGAGCCGGAUGCUGAUAAUGUUUACGUGGCCCCACGGUCUAUUCAAACUCCCUCAACGGAACAGGAAAACCUUUAUGUAACUCCUAAGUCGGUUGCUACAGUUGAUAGUGAAGAUCUGUAUGUUACGCCAAAAUCAGUCCGAGCCAUGUCUGAGGAGACUCCAAUUUCUGAGUCAGAAUAUCACGUCCCGUCGUCGCUUAGCAGUGAAGAGGUAUCGAAUGAUGUUUACCAAGUACCAAAGAAURCUACUGAACCAGAAAACGAAGUUUACUCCGUUCCUGCAUCAGUUGAGCCAUCGAAGGAUGAUGAACCGUCAUUAAAUGAAAAUCCAAGGUUAAGGCGUGCUACUCGAUCUUCUGUGCUUACGUCGAGGGAGCAACUUCCAUCAUCUCUUAAAAAUGCGCCUCCGAAGCCGCCCAGGUCAAGUUUUGAUGGUUCUGAGCAACAAAGUGAAACGCCUAAACCAAGGGGAAGUAGUACCCUUGGAGAUUCACAACAAACACUUGAAGCCUCACCUCACCCCAAGCCAAGAAGCAGUCUAGAUAACUCUAGUGAGGAAAAAACAGCAAAAGACGAAAACGAGGAUCAAUCCAAUGCAUCUCCUAAGCCAAAACGGCCAGCACCACCACGGCCAAAAGCACCUUCUUUUGUCGGGACUGUAAAUAAAAGCACAACGAAAAAUGACUCUGAAACUAAACAAAUAGCACCACCUCGACCUCCCCCACCGCCACUGAAUAGAGUAAGCGUUGUUUCGUCCGAGCAAGAUUCCCUUCCUUCUUCRCCCAUGGACAGUUCAUCRGAGUCUGAGGAUGAGCARCCACCAGCGGUAAUGUAUAUUACCAUCCCUAUUGGUUAUGACAUUUCSCGCGAUAUAUGUUGCUUUUUACACCYACUUCUCGGUCAUGCUGGGCCCCCGAAGAAGAAAACCUACCACAUCGCSCAYGAGAUUYUAUCAACYGAAAAAACCUUUGUAACAGCGCUUACUUUGUGUUACGAGGACUGUUAUGGAAUGAUCAAAGAAGCUGAUGUUGUACCRGAGUCAACUCUUAAUGACAUUUUCAAAGAUCUUGGUAACAUUUAUCAUCUUGACGAUAAGUUUUUAAACGAACUUCAGGAAAGAAUGAAAACAUGGGAAGAAAACGAGAGAAUUGGAGACAUAGUGAAGAAAUAUAGUUAUUUUCUAAAGAUGUACACCACCUAUAUCAACCACUAUGAUAAAGCUGUCAGUGUUCUACAAGAAACUAUUAAAGAGAAUCUUCAAUUUGCUGAGCUCGUGCAAAAGUUUCAGGCAAGCAAGAAGUGCAAAGGUCUGUUCUUAGAGUCAUUUAUGUUAAAACCUGUACAAAGAAUACCAAGUUAUCGGUUGCUAUUAAUAGAUUAUUUAAAGCAUCUUCCACCUGAUUCUGAUGAAUACAAAGACAUUAAAGUUGCUCUUGAUAUCGUUUCCGAGGUGGCCACUCAUAUCAACGAAUCAAUGAAAAAGAGUGAUAACUUUCAAAGAGUACUURGUAUCCAAGAGAGCCUUGUGGGUAAUGCAGAAAUUGUAAAGCCUGGUCGGGAAUUCAUCAAAGAAGGGACUCUUCAAAAGUUGUGYCGGAAGGACAUGCAAGAAAGGACUUUCUUCCUGCUCACUGAUGUUCUGUUGUAUACAAGUGCUGUCGGUGGUGGUCARUACAAAUUAAAGGGGACUUUCCCUUUACUAGGAAUCAAGGUUGCCCUUCCUGAUUCUCCAGAAUUUGAAAAUGAAUUUAGUAUCAUCAGUAARUCAAGAUCAUUUACUCUCUCGGCAAGCACGCAAGCAGAAAGAGACGAAUGGAUUGAGGAACUCGGUAAUGCAAUUAGCGCUCUCACAAAGAAAAAGAGUACAUUCCUUCUGUCUAAGGACGGGACAGUCUCACCGCCUGAAGGCGGGGAAGAGGAGAGUAAACUCGGUGACAAAGCACCAGUAUGGAUACAAGACACACGUGUUACCAUGUGCAUGCUGUGUACUGAUAAAUUCACAGUAACUAACAGACGGCAUCAUUGUAGAGGCUGUGGCAAGAACAAAAUAAGUCCAUCAAAGAAGCUACUGUAGAUACAGAUCCUCCGCCCCAUUCCCCUGUCGGCAUUGGUGGAGAUGACCUCGAUAGAAUCAAUCGCAAACCACCAAAGUUUGAAAUACUGCAUCGAUUUAAACCCGGSUCUAAACGGCAUAACAGACGAUCGAAGAUAAUCAUGUCAAGACCUUCCGUACGAACAGAGGUGGUCGGCCAUGAUAGCGAGAGUCAAAUGAGCGGAUAUUUGAGAUUUAAGCGGACCAACAAGCACGGAUGGAAGCGACUCUGGUUUGUUUUAAAAGACAAUGUUCUCUAUACGUACAAAGCGAGUGAGGACGUAGUUGCUAUGGAAACUAUACCUAUUUUAGGUUAUAUGGUUCAAGAAGCUACCAGAACGGAAGCUGAUGAAAUUCAAUUUCAAUUGAAACACGCCGGACUGCCUCCACUUAGUUUUAAAACUGAGACAGAAUCUUCAGCAUUUAGAUGGAUUCAAGAACURCGAAAAGCUACGACGCUGUAAAGUAUUCAGAAUUUACAUUAUUGAAAUUCAAGUUCUUUCAAAUAUCGAUUGCCAUCGAUUUGUUGAUGUAAAUUACGUCAUAAUAUCAAUGUGUCGAGUACGAUUCGUGUCGCACAACUUCUCUCGGUUAAGGUAAACCAAUUUAAAUGCUAUUUCG